ACCCACUUUAUUAUGUUGUCCAAUCAGUGAGGACGUUGCUUUGUUGUCGUACGUGCGCUGAGCGGAACUGAACAGUUGAGGAGGAGGUUAUCUGCUAGAAACCAACAUAAUAAGAUGGAGGUGGAGCAGCUCCUUUCUCUGUCAGGCUCAGCUCUGGCCCAGGCUGUCAGCUCUCUGCUGGAGACCCCCGGCCUGUAUGUUUUCUCUGACAUCCUGGAGCUGCCAAAUGUCAGAGAGCUGGAAAACGGCCCGCAUGCACCAGUGUACCAGCUCCUCAACCUCUUUGCCUAUGGAACUUACUGCGACUACAAAGAGAGAGCAGCCUCUCUUCCAGAAUUGACUCCAGCUCAAAGAAACAAACUGCGGCAUCUCUCCAUUAUUAGCUUGGCUUCCAACCUCAAGUGUUUGCCAUACUCGCUGCUCCUGCAGCAGCUGGAGCUAAAGAAUGUGCGGGAACUGGAAGACCUGCUGAUUGAGGCCGUUUACUGUGACAUCAUCCAGGGUAAACUGGACCAGCGGAACCAGCAAGUGGAAGUAGACUGCAGCGUGGGCCGUGAUUUGGGCCCCAAUGAGCUGCCAAACAUAAUCAACACGCUGCAGGAGUGGUGUACAGGGUGUGAGGCAGUGCUUUGUGGUAUUGAGGAGCAGGUCUCCAGGGCAAACCAAUACAGAGAGAGUCAGCUGAAGGUCAAAGUCCAGGUGGAAACAGAGGUCUCAAACCUACAGAAAACGUUAAAGGCCAGUGCCGCCUCUCCCUCGUCCGGCCCCGCCCCAGCUGGUGCUGCUUCCAAUCAGGAUGCUGAUCAACCUGCAGAACCCAGAGACCCCGCCUCCUCCCAGGAACCAAGGCAACCAGGCAAGAAAAGUUCAAAAGUUAAAGGACUGCGCGGCAGCGGGAAGAUCUGGUCCAAGUCUAACUGAGGACAAAAACCGGGACAGGACGACGGACACUCACUGAUUGACGGACACUCAGAUGCUCCGAACAAAUGCGACUCCUUUCUCAAGAAAACCUUUCUUCACAUGCAGUACAUCACUGGAAUUUCCAGCCGCCUCCACGGAUUCAGAAAAGCAUCGGACUUAUCGAUUUAACAGCUUUGACGCUGCAGUUGUCAAAAGCCUGACAAGCAGACUCUCAGUGUAAAUACACAGCACACUUGUAACACAUGAAGACGGAGUUCACUUUGACUAUAAGGAAGAUCAGAGUGCUGGAAGAGAAUGUUUCUCUUCCUUUCUUUUUUUGUUGUUUAGAUGAAUUAAAUGCUGCUUUGCAUUUUUUUCUCUCUGCUGACUUGAGGCUUGUAUAAAAUCGGAAUUUAACUUGUCAAAAAAAAAAUUAAAGGAAGCUCUGUACUUAUUUGAA